UGGUAAAGAAAUUCCCAAAACAACAAUAAAACAAAAUGGGAGACAGUAUGUUGUUAGAUGAAGAUGACGACAAAAUAUUGGCCAACUUUCCAAUGGAGGAUGACAAUGGUUACGAUUCUACUGACGACAUACUGACUAAAUUGAUGGAGAAAGAAAAUGCUAGCUCACCUCCAAAAAAAAAACGAAAGUCUUCUUGCAUAAAAAAUGAGGAGGAUGACCAGCUGGAGGAUAAAGGUUUGAAUUCUGAUGUUGAUGAAGAAAGUGACGAUGAAGCAUCUGCAGAGAUUGCUGCUCUUCAAGCACAAAUAGAAAAAUUAAAAGCUGUAAAGAAGUUAAAGAAAACUCCGAAAAAGAAAGCAAAUUGUGUUGAAAGCUAUAAUGCAAAACCUUCAACAAAUUUGUGCUCUCACAAUAAAGAACGGAGCAGCUGUUUCUUUUGUUCAUCGAAUAAUGAAGACCUGUCAUUAAUACGUAAUGAUAAAUGUGAAGACCUAGGAUCUAACAAAAAAGAAUGGGAUAAAAAUAAACCCAAUGAUAAUGAACUCUAUAAAAACGAACCUGUCAAAAACAAACAGAACUACUUAAAAGAUAAAUUUCUUAGUAAGAUCAGUCCUUCUAAAGAGAAGUCGAAAGUAUGUGAAGAUUUUGUUCCCACUCAGAAGAAACCAAGAGUUGCACAUGAUCCUAAGAAAACAGACAACUAUGAAGAGAAAUGUGACUUGACUAAAAAAACAAAAAUUUCACACAAUUCUGUUACAACUAGUGGUCAAAAAGUAAAAACAAAACAAGAUGGCAUAUCACCAGUUAUUAAAAGAAAAAGUGCAGAUAUGAACAACCAAUCAAAUUCAUCCUCAAGUAGCCAUGUUUAUACUUAUGGCGGCAUUGCUGUAAGUCACCCAAAACUAUCAUCAUCAGUGUUAGAAAGUCGCCUAAGGGGAAGAAAAAUAAUACACAUCUCUAAAAUUCAAUCAAAGUUAAAAAACAAUGAUAUCGAGGGAGACUGGGUAACGAUUGGUGUUGUAGUGAAAAAGGUUGCUCAAAAAAAAACUGCCAAUGGAAAAAAUUUUAGUGUGUGGCAGCUAAGUGAUUUGGGAGUUGGUACUGAAAAUCAAACUGUUGGUUUUUUUCUCUUUGGUGAUACAUAUAAGGAACAUUGGAAAAUUCAAGUGGGCACUGUAAUUGGGCUUCUAAAUCCAACAAUUAUGAAACAAGAAAAGUCAACUUAUCAGGAGUUAUCUAUAUCACUUGACAACCCUAAAAAGCUAAUGGAAAUCGGAGUGGCAAAAGAGUUGGGUGUAUGCAAAGGGAUUCGAAAAAAUGAUGGAAAGUCAUGCUCAAUGUUUGUCAACAUAAGCUAUGGGGAGUACUGUGAAUACCAUAUACAAAAAGCAUUUAAGAAAGCAAGAGCUAAUAGAAUGGAGCUACAAUCAGGAGGGCCUGGGGCAGGUCAAAAACCAAUAGGAAGUCGCAUGAGAAUGCUCAGAAAAGACAUAGAUGCUGGUGAUGUGUUUUACGGUGGGCAGACAGUGACACUAGGCAAAGAUCAUAAAAAGAAUAAUGUCAAACUUAGUGGUGGAAAAAACAUGAACCGUGGAGGAUUACAGAGUGUUAUGGGGAGUGAAUUAAAAUCUCUAGCUGCAAAAGAGUUUGAAGAAAAUAAACUUAGAAUCAAAAAAGAAAAGGCAGAAGAACAAAAGGCUUUACAAGGUGGUUCUGAAGAAUUUAAGCAGCUUCUUAUCACACCAACAGUUGGUUCGCGAAAUUUAAUGCAUUUGUUACAUGGCAAUCAAGUCAAAGAGGAAGAAGAGAAAGCUCCGAAGAAAUCUUACAUGGGUGCAAAAGAUUUUUUAAAACAAAACAAAAAAGAACUACUACAAGAUGUCUUAUCAGAAGACAACAAACAACACAAAAAAAGAAAAUUUAGUGAUAUCAAUUUCUUCGAGAAUAACAAACAUCCGGACAAGAACCAAUCAAAAGAUUGUAAUAUAAAGCGAAAGAGUCACGAACCAAAACAAAUACCCGCCCUGCCUAAAUUAGGGCGUGGUUUUGGUCGAUCAAGUGUUAUUGAAUUUUCAGAUAACGAAGAAGAUUGUUUAAGUUAUAAUAAUUACACUGGUGAAGAAACUGAACGAACAGUGACCACUCUAAAAAGCAAUAAUGAUAGCUUAAUCAGUGAACAACAGAAAAAACAAAACGUGCAAAAAUUUUCACAUUCAAGUACUAAAGCAAAGAGGAAAGCGAUUUCAAUCAUCCAACAAAAAGGCAUUCAACCUGAAGAUCCUAAUGAAAUUCCAGGUCGAAAGAAAGUCGUGAAGAAUGUGAUGGAAAUUGAAAACAGAGUAGAAAAAGACCUAAAUACUGAUAUCACAAAUGGUGAAGAGAAGCCGAAGAAAAGAGAAGGUACUCUAAAAGGUGUCCUAGGUAGUUUGGAUGUAAACUCAAAAGAAGGAAAAAAGAUUUUGAAUCAAACUUCGAGAAAUGUUGGAGCGUUGAGAUUGGCUGAAAAUGAGCAAGAAGAGAAGUAUUUUAAUUCCAUGGUGAAGAAAGAAGCAAUGGAAGAAAAAAUGACACGUGUUCACGAAAUAAAAGUCACGUGUUAUUCAUGCACAAUCUGCAAUUACUUGGCUCAGUCACAAAGUCAGUUAUGUAGAGAAGAGAAACAUCCAGUCACCAAAGUGAAACAAUGCACAAAACGUUUCUUUAAAUGUAAAUCCUGUAAAACAAGAUGUGAAACUUAUAAUACUAUUCUCCCUAAAGAAAAUUGCAGGCGUUGCGGAGAUUCGACUUUUGUUAAAACGAGCAUGGUCGAAGAAAGAAAAGGACCAAAAAUCGGCAGAGAAACUUUAGAGUUGCGUGGUAGGGAACAGAAGUAUUUGAACAGCUUAUUCUGAGAAGUGCUUGCAAUGUUUCAGAUGAAGCGGUUAUAAUUUGCUGCUAAAGAGAUAUGUUAGGAAGUUGCAGAUUAA